AUGGAUAAAAAGUGUUUGAAAUGUGGUAAAUUAGGCCAUUAUAAGAAACAGUUUCGUACUCUGCUGAAUACGGGGCUACGGAGGGGUUAUAAAAGAAAAUAUGACUUUUCUUCCAAACCAAAUAAUGGGAAAAAUCAAGAGUGUUUCAACUACGUAGACGCAGAUUCAGAUCAGGACGAGUCAUGUCCAACCCGGGAUUCCGAAUAUGUGUUUCAAAUUGACGAUGACACAGAAAUCCCCUAUAAUACUGGGAACGUAUUAGUAAGAAUGGUGAUUGAUUCGCGCAACAAAGGCAAUGUGAUAACGGAUAAGACUUGGGAGUAUAUGUAA